GGAGGGUGGAGGACCAGCAGGAUGGUGGGAAGGAUGAAACACCAGGAUUCGAUUGCUAUGGGCCUCCUCCUCCUGUGUGGUCUGCUGGUGCGACAAGCCUCUUGCGAGGAGCCCACGAUAACGAUCUUCUCGCCGAUCGAUGGAGCAGUGAUCACAGGAGGGGGCUGUGUACCUCAACUACUCCAUCUCGCACUGCCCGUCAGGCUCCUUCAUUGCUGCGUACGUUGACGAUGCUGAGGUGGAAGGAAAUGCUAAGCCAUGCAUGCCGAUAGGUUGGUAUGGCAUCAGCUAUCUGCCAGAAGGCGAGCACACAGCUAGGGUUGUACUCUUGCAGGACGAGACUCUUGUCGCCAUAGCUCAUUCUUCAGUUCAUUUCGAAGUUGUCGCUGGGCAUGGCAGGCUAUUCUUACCCUCCCCUACCGUCUUUGCCGAUGCUCUCCCAACCAUGGCGUUCUUUAGUCACCCCCCGAACAGAACGGCAGUUGCAUGGCAGAGCGAUGGGAUCGUUUUCGAGCUCACUGCCAUGAACUUCAUUCCCGGCCGUCACGGCCUUUCCUUCAGGGUGGCCGAAUCCUUCUCGGGGCUCGAGUCUUUCGUUACUGACAGCCACAACAUCUCGUUGCUGCUGCC